AUGUCAUUACGGCAAAAGGCCGAAGCUCUCAAACGAACGAUCGACGGCCUCCUCGCAGCCGGAGGCGACAUAGCAGUUCCAAUCCUCAGAGCCAUCGAUGCUACGGCUAGUUGGUGUCCCCCUCUAACGAGUGCGACUGGCGGUGCACUCUUCAUCCUCGAUGAGGUUAAGAAAUUCAAGGAGAACAAGAAGGAAUGGGCUGAUUUUGGUCAAUACGUAGUCGACACCGUGGCUGAGGUGAUUUCAGCUAUCAAAUCCUAUGAUGCGUCAGCGGAAGAGGCAAAGCCUUGGGUGGAGAGUGUCACAAAGCUCGAUGGCGCGCUACAGAAGAUCAAGUCCCAAAUCAAACAAAGACUGGAAAGAGUGGGGGAACGACCGGCUUUGAUAAAUGCAUUUUCGCACUUGCGAGACGCGGCAAGGAUUGACGGCCUGAAGAAAGAUCUCGACAGGGCAUUGGCUUCGUUUCAGCUUAGGACGGACUUAACAACUGGUAUCAAAUUGUCGGCCAUGGAAGGUAGUUUGAACCGUCUACAAGGCGACACAAUUCUCGGUAGUCUCAGAUACCCUCAUGUCGGCCAUGAUGAUUCCACUCAGGCAUGCCUAGAAGGUACUAGGGUCGAUCUCACGGAGCGUAUUAUGACUUGGUGUCACAGCACUGCGGACAGCGAGAACCGGUUAAUGCUGCUGACUGCGGUGGCAGGUGCUGGUAAAACUUCAGUGGCCCUCACGAUAGCAGAGAGGUGUGAAAGGGAAGCUAUCCUGUUACUCUGCUUCUUCUUUAGGGCGGGUGAACAGUCGCGGCCUGAUUGCCUAUUCAGUGGCGUGGCUCGAGCUCUAACAAUCCGUGAUGCAGCUUACCGCACUUCCAUCAUCUCUGCCCUUCAAAAAGACCCUUCACUCUCAACAGCUUCACUCGCAACGCAAUUCAAGGAAUUGGUAGCUUUGCCUCUCCUCCAUAACCCUCCACUUCCCGACCAUCCUAUGGUGGUCAUCAUCGAUGCUUUAGACGAAUGUGACAGAGAAGCAUUUGAACCCCUUGCUAAGAUCCUCCGGGAGGAAGUACCCAAGUUACCGUCUUCCAUAAAAUUUUUUGUCACAUCGAGACAUAUUCAUCUUGUCAAACGCUCCUUCUUACACCAAUUCCCUAUCGAUCAUCUCACCAUUGAUCUUAUGAAUGACACGAACGUGCAGGACUGUGCUGCGUGCAUACGUUUCCAGCUGCAAGAGCUGGAGAAGUGGCAUCCCGGUUUACGGCAUAAUCUUCAGGACGAGGAUAAAAUUGUACGGGGGAUCUUGGAACGAGCAAGUGGCUUAUUUAUUUGGAUCAGUACCAUCUUUCGCUAUAUGAAGAUGGCCAACAAGGACCCCAUGAGGACGCUAGAGAGCCUGCUCGACACCGGUGCCAAACGAUCAAAAGUCCCUGCCGAGAAAAUGAUGGAUCGUUUGUAUACAAGCAUCUUGAAGAAGUGCGAUUGGGAGGAUGAAGAUUUUGUACACGAUUACCCAGUUGUAAUGGGGGCAAUCUUGGUUGCGCGGCAGCCUCUGUCUAUCACAGCUUGGGAUGCAAUUUUGUUGCCUUUCCUCAGGUCUUCUAUUCGAUGUACCCUGGCUGAACUUGCACCUCUCUUCUCGGGAGUUGAAGAUCAUCACAUUCCAAUUCGCAUCUUACACCAAUCCUUCCGUGACUUCAUUGUGGAUCGAAUCCAUCCCCAAUUAGUCAACUCUUGCUGCAGUUCAGUAGACCUGAGGAGAGAGAAUGACAAAGUCGCUCUGCGAUGUGCUGAGAUUCUGAACCAGGAUCUUUGCUCUGUAGAGGGUCUAGGACUGAUUGAGAACUUGUCCGAACAAGAUGAAAUACCAUGCAUUCCUCCAGAGGAGUUAGCUGAGCACUUUCAUUAUGCAUGUCGCCACGUCAUCCAUCACCUCAGUGAUGUCCAGGAACCGUCACAGGAGCUUGGUGGGUCAAUUGGGGUGUUUCUCAGUCAACAAGCAACUCGGUGGGUGGAAGUCUGUGUGAGAACGGAAGGCUACAUUAGUAUCUCGUUCCUCCCUGAGCAGGCUGAGUCAGCUGUUGACCAAAGGUUAGAAGAUGCUGUCCUUGCACUGGCCAAUGUGCUUGCCCAGCUUUCAUGCAAUUUGGUUUUUUUCUCAAGAUUCCAAGAGGCAUAUGAUGCAGCAAAUGAUUCCGUUGUACUCUGGCGUCACCUUGUUUCCGUGGACUCAGGGCUUUACACCCCAAAUCUGGCCGGCUCACUCAACAGUUUAUAUAUAGCUCUUUCUAGACUCGGGAAGCACUCCAGGGCGCUCUCAUUCAUUGAAGAAAGCGUCAAACUCUACCGCCAGCUGGUUGCUGUUCGCCCAGAAUUAUACACCCCGGGCUUAGCCUUGUCACUCAACAGCCUACGUGUCGCUCUUUCCAAUCUGGGACGGCACUCUGAGGCACUCCCAUUCAUCGAAGAAAGCAUCAAACUCUACCGACAGCUAGUUAAUGUCCACCCAGGAUUAUACACCCCGGAUUUGGCCAUGUCACUCAACAAUCUAUGUAAUGCUCUUUCCAAUCUCGGAAGGUACUCCGAGGCACUCCCAUUCAUUGAGGAAAGUGUCAAACUCUACCGCCAACUAGUUACUGUUUACCCAGGACCAUACACCUUUUAUUUGGCCAUGUCACUCAACAAUAUAUAUUCAGCUCUUUCCGAUCUUGGACGGCACUCCGAGGCACUUCCAUUUAUUGAAGAAAGUGUCAAGCUCUGCCGCCAGCUAGUUGCUGUUCACCCGGGACCAUACGCCCCGGAUUUGGCAAUGUCACUCGACAAUCUAUCUUCAGCUCUUUCCAAUCUCGGACGCCACUCCGAGGCAUUCCCAUUCAUUGAAGAAAGCAUCAAACUCUCCCGCCAGCUAGUUGCUGAUCAUCCAGGAUCAUACACCCCGAAUUUGGCCAAGUCGCUCAGUGGUUUGUAUUCAGUUCUUUCACAUCUCGGACAGCACUCCCAUGCACUCCCAUUCGCCCAAGAAAGUGUUAAAAUCCUGCGCCAGUUAGUUGCUGUCCACCCAGGAUCAUACACCCCGGAUUUGGCCAUGUCACUCAACAGUCUAUCUUCAGCUUUUUCCAAUCUCGGACAGCACUCCCAGGCGCUCCCCUUCGUCGAAGAGAGUGUCAGGAUCCGGCGCCAGCUAGCUACUAUCCACCCAGGAUCAUACACCCCGGAUUUGGCUAAGUCACUUAGCAAUCUAUUUUCAACUCUUUCCAAUCUUGGACGGCACUCAGAGGCGCUUCCAUUCAUUGAAGAAAGCAUCAAACUCUACCGCCAGCUAGCUGCCAUCCACCCAGGAUCAUUCACACCGGAUUUGGCCGUGUCACUCAACCAUCUAUCUUCAGCUCUUUCCAAUCUCGGACAACACUCCGAGGCGCUCCCCUUCGUCGAAGAGAGUGUCAGGAUCCGGCGCCAGCUAGUUGCUAUUUGCCCAGGAUCAUACACCCCGGGUUUGGCCAAGUCACUUAGAAAUCUAUGUUCAAUUCUUUCCGAUCUUGGACGGCACUCCGAGUCGCUCCCAUUCAUUGAAGAAAGCAACAAAAUCUACCGCCAGCUAGCUGCCAUCCACCCAGGAUCAUACUCCCCGGGUUUGGCUAUGUCACUCAACAAUCUAUCUUCGGUCCUUUCCUAUCUCGGACAGCACUCCGAGGCGCUCCCCUUCGUCGAAGAGAGUGUCAGGAUCUGGCGCCAGCUAGUUGCUAUUUGCCCAGGAUCAUACACCCCGGGUUUGGCCAAGUCACUUAGAAAUCUAUGUUCAACUCUUUCCGAUCUUGGACGGCACUCCGAGUCGCUCCCAUUCAUUGAAGAAAGCACCAAAAUCUACCGCCAGCUAGCUGCCAUCCACCCAGGAUCCUACUCCCUGGGUUUGGCUAUGUCACUCAACAAUCUAUCUUCGGUCCUUUCCUAUCUCGGACAGCACUCCGAGGCGCUCUUCUUCAUCGAAGAGAGUGUCAGGAUCCGGCGCCAGCUAGUUGCUAUUUGCCCAGGAUCAUACACCCCGGGUUUGGCCCAGUCACUUAGAAAUCUAUGUUCAACUCUUUCCGAUCUUGGACGGCACUCCGAGUCGCUCCCAUUCAUUGAAGAAAGCACCAAAAUCUACCGCCAGCUAGCUGCCAUCCACCCAGGAUCAUACUCCCCGGAUUUGGCCAUGUCACUCAACAAUCUAUCUUCGGUCCUUUCCAAUCUCGGACAGCACUCCGAGGCGCUCCCAUUCAUUGAAGAAAGUAUCAAACUCUACCGCCAGCUAGCUGCCAUCCACCCAGGAUCAUACACCCCGGAUUUGGCUAUGUCACUCAGCAAUCUAUAUUCAGCUCUUUCCAAUCUUGGACGACACUCCGAGGCGCUCCCGUUCAUUGAAGAAAGUGUCAGAAUCUGGCGCCCGCUAGUUGCUGUUCACCCAGGAUCAUACACCCCCCAUUUGGCUAUGUCACUCAAUAAUCUAUAUUGUGCUCUUUCCAAACUCGGACAGCAUGCCAAGGCACUCUCAUUCAUCGAAGAAAGCGUCAAACUCCAGCGCCAGCUAGUUGCUAUUCUCCCGGGAGCAUACGCCCCCGAUUUAGCCAUGUCACUCAACAAUCUAUAUAAGGCUUUUUCCAAACUCGGAUGGCACUCGGAAGCGCUCCCAUUCAUCAAAGAAAGUGUCGAAAUCUAUCGCCAGCUAGUUACUGUUCACCCGGGAUCAUACACCCCCAAAUUGGCUAGGUCGCUCAAAGGCCUAUGUUCAGCUCUUUCCAACCUUGGUCAGUACUCUGAGGCGCUCCCACCUGUUGAAGAAAGUGUCAGAAUCUACCGUCAGCUAGUUGCCAUCAACCCAGGAGCAUACACCCCAAAAUUGGCCACAUCACUCUACAAACUAUAUUUAGCUCUUUCCAACCUCGGACGACACUCUGAGGCGCUCCCAUUCGCUGAAGAAAGCGUCAAAAUCUGCCGCCAGCUAGUUGCCGUCAACCCAGGAGCGCACAACCCAAAAUUAGCCACAUCGCUCAAUAAUCUAUAUUCAGCUCUUUCCAACCUCGGACGGCACUCCGAGGCGCUUCCAUUCAUUGAAGAAAGUGUCAAAAUCCGGCGCCAGUUAGUCGCUGUUAACCCAGGAGCACACACCCCAAAAUUGGCCAGGUCACUCAACAGCCUACGUGACGCUCUUGCCAAUCUUGGACGUCAUUCCGAGGUGCUGAUGGUCUGCGAUUGA